CUCGCCACCAGUCGCGGAGGCACCUUAGUUCGGAGCGAGCGGCUCGAGAUGCCGCACAACUAUGAGUCCUCCAAGUUUCGCGAUCCGAGACUUACUGCCCGAGGCCUCGUCGCGUUCUCCUUCGCCCUCGGACGGCGAGCUCGACGUCACGGGCACCGAGACCCCUCCCCCGGGCUCCUCCGCCACCACAGAUGAGAAGAAAAACGAGAAGCCGGCCUACAGCUACAACGCUCUCAUCAUGAUGGCCAUCCGCAGCAGCCCGGAGAAACGCCUCACUCUCAACGGCAUCUACGAGUACAUCAUGAAGAACUUCCCCUACUACAAGGAGAACAAGCAAGGUUGGCAGAACUCCAUACGACACAACUUGAGUCUGAACAAAUGUUUCGUCAAAGUCCCGAGGCACUACGACGAUCCGGGUAAAGGCAACUAUUGGAUGUUGGACCCAUCUUCGGAUGACGUGUUCAUCGGCGGAACAACCGGGAAGUUGAGGAGGAGGUCGACCGCCGCGUCGAGGUCGAGAUUGGCCGCUUUCAAAAGAGGUGCCAUUCUGCAUCCCAUGUUCGGCAACCCGUACGCUUCGCUAGUUGGGUUGUACCCUCCGUUGUUGUCAGUGUACGGAAGAUACGCCUUGCCCAGUCCGCUGCUGAGGCUGCCGCCGCCUCCGCCCAACCCCUACCACCAGCUGUACCGACGACUGCACGGGCUAUCUCCUCCGGUGAGUCCGCCAGAUCAAGAUCAGGAUACCCACAUGGUGAAGCACAGUUGAUCGGAUCGGUGUACGAGUCUUCAGCGAAUAUUCUCGCGAUAUUAUGGCACGAGGACCAUCCCUUGCUCUGAUCUUGUGACGGUCAACGCAACUGCUGUUACUGGCUCAAUUUAUGGAACUGUUGCUGAUGAUGAGAGCAACGGAAGGUUGCUAUUGCACGAUCGGUAUGUAGAGCUAGGCGAGGAUCAGAAGUGCUGGUGAACUAUUUCGAAGUUUUUCGAAGUGACUGUGAUAGGACGAGCGUGUGUAUUAUAAUCGUUUGUAUUUUGUAAAAAGUGGUACUUCUAUUUAUUUAUUGACGUAAGAUUCUAUUUAAUGAAAUUAAUUUGAUGUUAAGAGGCUAGAAAGUUAUAUCGGACGCAAUAAAUGUCUCCAAAAAACCUUGGAAGUUUAUACUCA